AUCACCCCUCUCUCGCCACCGCGCUCUAGGGUUCGCCUCCGCAUCCGCCUCGCCGGGGACAACAUGCAGCCGCUGCACCAGGCGCCGAGGAACGGGCAGCACGACCCGCCUCCGCAGCAUCAGGCGCCCCCGCUACCGUACUAUCAGCAGCAGCCGCAGUACUAGCAGCCGGGCCCCCCGCAGGCGCCGCCUCCGGCGAUGUGGGGGCAGCAGUACGCGCCACCACCGCAGCAGUACGCGCCUCCGCCACAGCAGUACGCUCCGCCACCGCAGCAGUACGCGCCGCCACCACAGCAGCAGUACGCGCUUCCACCGCCUCAGCGGUACGCGGCGCCGCAGUACGGGACCGCGCCAGGGAGCGACGAUAUCAGGUCGGUGUGGAUCGGGGAUCUCCAGUACUGGAUGGACGAGAGCUACAUCUACAGUGCCUUUGCGCCCAUGGCGCAGCAGAUUGCCUCCGUGAAACGUAUCCGCAACAAGCAGAGUGGACAUCCUGAAGGUUAUGGUUUUAUUGAAUUUCAGUCUCGAGCUGCUGCAGAACAUACUCUGAUGAAUUUCAAUGGGUGGAUGAUGCCUAAUGUUGACCAAACUUUUAAGCUAAACUGGGCUUCUGCUACAGCCGAUGAUAAGCGUGGAGAUAAUGGUUCUGAUCACACAAUAUUUGUUGGUGAUCUGGCUGCUGAUGUAACCGACUCCAUGUUGGAAGAGGUGUUCAAAGCUAGCUACCCUUCAGUUAGAGGAGCCAACGUUGUCACCGACAGGCUCACUGGACGCUCCAAAGGAUAUGGUUUUGUACGUUUUGGAGAUCUGAAUGCGCAGACACGUGCUAUGACCGAGAUGAAUGGAAUGAUGUUAUCGACAAGGAAAAUGAGGAUUGGACCUGCAGCUAACAAGAAGAAUAUGGAUGCUCAGCCUACAUAUACAACUAAUGGAGCGUAUCAGAGCUCUCAAGGAAAUUAUUCAGAGGAUGAUCCCAACAAUACAACAGUCUUUGUGGGUGGGUUAGAUUCCAAUGUAAAUGAGGAGUAUCUAAGACAAGUUUUUACUCCUUAUGGAGAAAUUGGAUAUGUGAAGAUUCCUGUUGGCAAACGUUGUGGGUUUGUCCAAUUUACCAGCAGGUCAUCUGCUGAGGAAGCCAUCCAUAUGCCGAAUGGGAGUCAGAUUGGUGGGCAGAAGGUUCGACUUUCAUGGUGCCGUAGUCCUAAAAACAAAAAAGGCUCUGCAGCAAGAUUCCAACAACCAAUUCAAUGGCAACAACUACUAUGGAUACCAAGAGGGUUAUGAAGGUUAUGGCUAUAAUGCACCCAGUGCACAAGAUCCAAGCAUGCAAAAUUACUAUGGAAACCCUGGUUAUGGCAAUUAUGAGCAGCAGCAGCAGCCACAACCACAGUAUUUGUUGUAUGUUCAUAUGUUGGAUUUCUUUUGGCUGAUGAAUAACUUUGUCGCCUUUUAUUCUGCAGUGACGACCAUUGAGACAACAAUUGCUUGUGCACUGUCGGAGAGCUAUCGGAUUGGAGAGAACAUAGAAUUACAUGAACGACACUGCCUCAUGAGUCAGCCUAUAGAGGUCCAGUAGUGGGCGAGGCUGUUUUCGAAAUCAUAAAAUCAUAGAGGGCUGAUAUUCUUACUCCUCAUCUCAUCUUGCUCAUCUUCUCUUUCUCUUGUAAAAAAUAGAGAUAGGCUAUAAGGGGAGUGGCAGCCGGUAGGGUGGCUUGAGCCCCUCCCGCCGCCUCUGAAGAUCCGCAGCCGCUUUGUAUGGUAUGGGAUGAAAUGAAUUGAUCCUAAUUA